AAACGUGACAAGCGCAUGCACUUUCACAUUACCUAUCAUCCCAACACCAUGAUCACCCCUAGCAACCUCACCUCCUCCUCCUCUUCCGAUGAAGUUGUCGCCGGAUACUUCACUUUCCGGCGGCUCUUUUUCUUGCAGGAUUUCCAAAUCCUAGAGCUUCUCCUCGCUCUUUUUGUUUUCGUAGCCAUUCAUUCGCUAAGGCAAAAGAAGCUUCAAGGCCUACCCGUUUGGCCCGUCCUCGGCAUGUUACCUUCCUUGGCGGUCGGCCUUCGAACCAACAUGUACGACUGGCUCACCGACAUUCUUCGCCAUCAAAACGGAACGUUUCGAUUCAAAGGCCCUUUGUUUAGUAGUCUCAACUGCGUCGUGACGUCAGACCCCCGUAACUUGGAACAUCUUCUCAAGUCCAAGUUCCCCAACUUUCCAAAAGGGCCGUAUUUCAGAGACACCGUUCGUGAUCUUCUCGGCGACGGGAUAUUCAGCGCCGACGAUGACACGUGGCAACGACAAAGGAAGACGGCGAGCAUUGAAUUCCACUCGGCUAAGUUCCGGCAGUUGACCAUCGAGUCAUUGCUCGAACUCGUCCACUCCAGGCUCUUGCCCGUGUUAGAGAACUCAGUCAAACAGUCCAUCCCCAUUGAUCUCCAAGACAUCUUAUUACGCUUGACUUUUGAUAACGUCUGCAUGAUAGCUUUCGGGGCGGAUCCCGGGUGUUUAAACCCGGGUUCGCCCGAAAUACCGUUUGCCAGAGCCUUUGAGGACGCGACGGAAGCCACGGUGUUCCGCUUCGUCAUGCCCACGUGCGUAUGGAAGGCCAUGAGGCAUUUCAACGUCGGGACGGAGAAGAAGCUGAAGAUGUCGAUAAAAGGAGUGGACGAGUUUGCCGACGACGUGAUUCGGACGAGAAAGAAGGAGCUCUCUUUGCAAUGCCACGAUAUUAAGAAGCAAAGGUCGGACCUCUUGACGGUGUUUAUGGGACUGAAAGACGAGGAUGGACAACCUUUUUCGGACAAGUUCUUGCGGGAUAUUUGCGUGAAUUUUAUACUUGCCGGGAGAGACACUUCUUCGGUGGCAUUGAGCUGGUUUUUCUGGCUGCUUGAUCAGAAUCCGGCGGUGGAAGAGAGAAUUCUUGCAGAGAUUUGCGGGAUGGUUGGUGAAAGAGAGGAGGUCAAAAGGGGAGAGAGCAAAAGUCCGUUGAUAUUUAGAGCGGAGGAGAUAAAGAGGAUGGAUUAUUUGCAUGCCGCUCUAUCGGAAGCUCUCAGGUUGUAUCCUUCGGUGCCGGUGGAUCACAAGGAGGUUGUUGAAGAUGAUGUAUUUCCGGAUGGGACGGUGCUAAAACAAGGAACAAAAGUGAUAUACGCAAUCUAUGCAAUGGGGCGGAUGGAAGGCGUAUGGGGAAUGGAUUGCCGAGAGUUCAAGCCGGAGAGAUGGCUGAGAGAUGGCCGGUAUAUGAGCGAAUCGGCGUACAAGUUCACGGCCUUCAACGGCGGCCCACGCCUUUGUUUGGGAAAGGAUUUUGCUUACUAUCAAAUGAAAUUCGUUGCCGCCUCCAUCAUUUAUCGGUAUCGUGUCAAGGUGGUGGAGAAUCACCCAGUGCUACCAAAGCUCGCGUUGACGAUGUACAUGAAGCAUGGGUUGAAGGUGAAUCUUCAUAGGCGUGACGAGUCCGAGCUUCAAAACUACUUCAAGAUUAAAUAAAUAUUAAUGGAUGUUUUAAUGGAGGUGUCAAUAAUCAUGACUUUCUAUUUCUUUCUUCUUUUAUAUAUAUACAUAUGAUCAAGAUCAACAUAUACUAAAGAAAAAUGAUGAAAUACUGUAGAGUGAGAGAGAAUGAUCAGAAGGUUGCAGUUUGGUUAUGUGUUUAGCAACCUUAUACA